AUGAGUAACUCCUCGAAAGCUAAUAACGCCGCGAACUUCAAGCAGGGUGCUUUUAACCCCUCAGCCCCUCGCGGAGACCCAAUUACAGAUAAGGGUCAUCAACUCGGUCGCAAAAUCAAUGAGGCAGACCAGCACCCCGAAUACCACGCGCAGCCAUUCCCUUCCGGCGCAGCCCCAGCAAGCAAUUCCUAUCUCCCCGACCCCGUUUCCUCAAUCCCCGGUCAAGCCAACAACUUCAAUGUGAGCGCGGGACAAGAAGAUGAAGUCGCCACCUACACGUCGGCUGCGAAUACAUUACUAGGAGCCACUUCGGGUGAUGUGAACCGCGGCUUCGGGACACCGAUGCAGGGCCAGACCAUUAACGAGAUUAGACAUAACGGCGCACAUGGCCGCAAGAAGCAAGCGGCCAGCCUUGAAGGUGCUAGCUCCUCUAUGCAAGAGCACGAUAGUGGGGACCAGUUCGUGGACCAGCGUGCCCUCGAGCGAGAAUAG